AUGACUUAUUACUCUAUGGCCAUGGAGCUAUCCAAAAUCAUCCAGCUAGACAGCCAUGAGAUCAAAGCAUCAGAGGUUGAGCACCUAGAUCCACGUCGAACAGUGUACCGCUUUCACCUCGAACCAGACUCAUCAUGCUAUCGACAUAUAAUCCCAGAAACAGCCAUAUCUAUCAUCAUCAAGCAACAGAAAGAAGACUGGGAAGAAGAAUUCGAAGAUGAACAAACAGCCUACACCAAACUAAAAGACCUCCAGGGGGAAGUUAUCCCAUACUUCUACGGUGAGGGGUACUACGAUGGUCUACCUGCACUCAUUUUAUCAGAUAUCCGUGGGAUUACUUUGCAUGAUGAGGCUCGCAGCAACGAAGAAGUCCCUGAGAACCUGAUAAAGUCUUAUCUGGAUGAUGUCUUUGAUAAGCUUUCGAAGUAUAAGGCGUUUUAUCUAGAUCAGAAGUUGGAUAACUUUAUACUAUGUGGUGAUCGGGAACAUGGGUAUAGUAAGGUGAUGGCUGUUGAUCUCGAGAAUGUGGAGAUUCCGGAUCAAGUUCGUCCGUGGCAUUGGUCUAUCAAUCAAGAGGGGGCAAGGUCUUUGAUGGAGGAUUUUAGGUCUAGGCGGAGCCCUAGGUGUGAAUUACCUACGCUUAAGAUUUGGAAGGUUGGACAGGAUAAGGGUGCUUCGUAA